AUGGGAGUCGGCGGGGUGAUUCUACGGUUUUUUAACCUUGCCAUUCGCAUCCUCCAGUUCCUCGAUGGCGCCGUCAUCCUCGGCAUCUUCUCAUACUUCCUCGCCGUGCUCGCCCAGCAUGGCCAGGCCAUCCCCACGUGGAUGAGGGCCGUCGAGGGUAUCGCGGGUGCCGCCACCCUCUACGGCCUCCUGGGCAUCGUUUUCGUCUGCUGUCUCGGCGGCGUGGCCUUCUUCGCCUUCCUGGGCGUUGCCUUGGAUGUGUGCUUCACGGGUGCCAUGGUCGCCAUCGCUGUGCUGACCCGCGACGGCACCAGCAGCUGCCGAGGCACCCUGGACACGCCGCUGGGCACUGGCAAGGACGGCGACGACACCGUCGCCGCCAAGGUGACCUUUGGACUGGCCUGCCGACUGGAGAAAGUGACAUUUGCCGUGGCGAUCAUUGGAAUUUUCCUCUUCUUAAUCAGCAUUCUCUUCCAGAUCUUGCUGGCCCGCCACCACAAGCGCGAGAAGCGCUUCGGUCCCUCCCCGACCAACGGCUACACCUACGGCAGCCGCAAGCGCUUCUUCUGGCGCCGCAACAAGAACAACCCCGACGCCGGUGCCGGCGCCGAUGCCCUGCCGGGCCACCCGACCCCCAACGACGUCGAGCUGGGCGGUGACACCAAGAACGAGAAGUCGUGGCUUGGCUCGUGGGGCCGCAACAAGAACACCCCUGCCCCCACUCACGGCGCUCCCGCUGAGAAUGGGUAUGGCUAUGGUAGCUCGGCCUACACGGGCAACUACUAA